AUGUCUUGUGACCUUUGUCGCAUAGAAUUUACAGCAUUGAAAAGACAAAAAACAUGUAAAAUUUGUGGCUCAAUACAAUGCUCAAGUUGUUUAAGAUACAAAACAAAGUCACACAAACCAAUAUGUAUCGACUGUUACUACGAUAUUAUAAGUGUAAAUAGUCCUAAUGGGAAAGCUGACAAACUUGCUUCGCUAAGGUGUAAAACAGAAGAUAAAAAUUGUAGUGAGAAUUGUAAAGUCCCAUCAAAUCUUGGUGUAGAAACGGAUAAUAUCAUAAAAAGGCUAGAAGCACUCAAGGUGCCUAGAACUGAAGUAAAGGAAAACGUUUCUAACUUGGAGUCGCGUUUACAACAACUUAAAGGACUGACAAAUAAGACAAAUAAGAAGCCUUCCUGUUCUAUAAAUACCUCAAAGAAAGAGGAAGAUGAAGUUACUAGGCUUGUAAAGCAGUACACAGAAGAAGCAUUGCUCGAUAAAAAGUGUGGGAUUACCUUACCUGAAGAAGAACAAAUAAGUGAUAUAGCCCCGAGCGACUAUGAUCCGUGGUGUUGUAUGUGUGAUGAAGACGCCAACAUGAUGUGCCAAGAAUGCGAUGACUACUUCUGCAAACGAUGUUUUAAUAAAACGCAUAAUAAACGAGAAAGAGCUGAACAUCCAACAGAAGUUUGUAAAUCAAGAAGUAGUUUUGUCCAAUCAGCACCAAAAUCAAUCAAAAUUAAGCGUUUCAUUUGAAAUCAGCAGAAAAGAAGAUUUCACCAAAUCAUUUAUCAAAGAAUCUCUAUUUAUGUAAAUACUUUACUUAUUUACUUUAACUUUUCUUCUCAACAGAACUUUUGUUUGAAUUUAUUUUAUUUUCUAUCGGCGCUUGACUUGAUUACAAUAUUUCCCUGUUUAGUUUCUAUGAUUAACCUUUAAUUAAUCAUAAUGAUGUUAAUAAGAUUUCUGUUGAUUGAAAA